AUAAAAAAGCGAACAUUUUAUGUGAACCUAGCUGAGUAAGUAACUCAUCCGGUUGGGGCAGGUGUUCUUCCGCGCUCUCGGUUGACUCCCAGUUAGCCGUCAUUGUCACUUGGGAACUUUAAGCGACCAACUGAUAUUGGACUAGAUUCGUCUGUUUCUUACAGCAGGAUCGAUCAUGCACGCUCGAGGAACGCUAACUUACCCGACGCACAUUAACGCGGAGGUAGAUGCGGAAGCUUUGUACAAAGCAUGCAAAGGACUGAAUACGGAUGAAGACACAAUCAACAAUAUCCUGGGUCAUCGGAGUCUGAAACAACGUCAUGAGAUUCGUGAAGCUUACAGUCGGAUGUAUCAGAAGGAUCUGGUGGAUACGCUAAUUUCGAACACCAAAGGAGAUUAUGACAGUCUUCUACAAACCUUGUUCCGUGGGCAUUUGAAAAUUCUUGCCUACGACUUGUACAAAGGGAUGAAGGGAUCGGGGACUAACGACACAGUCCUCAAUUCUAUCAUUUGCUGUUGUAAUAACACAGAAAUAUACAUGCUCAAAAAGACCUAUGAAGAAGUGCUCCGUGAACACGAUCCAAAAAAAGCUGCAAGUCGAUCCUUGGAAACUGAUGUGAUGAAGGAAACCAAACCGCCGUAUGAAACGCUACUAAUGAGACUGUUACAAGGGAAACGUCAAGAAGAUUCGAUUGAUCGGAUUGAACAAGCCCAGAAGACCGGCAACCUGUCACUACUGGUCGACGACAACUUGGUUGAACAGGACGUAGCAACGCUGUACCGAGCUGGAGCAGGGAGCAGCGAAAAGAAAGGUGAUCCGGAUCCCUACAUUAACAUCUUGUGCGAUCGUAGCAAGUAUCAUAUCAAAGCCAUUUGGGAGCAUUACAAACGCCGCCACGGAACCACCUUGGUGGAAGCCAUCACGAAAAAGUUUUCGGAUCCGCUACGCACCGGCUUGAAUACAGUCUUGAUGGCCCAAGUAAACCUGCGUCUUCUUCUGGUGUGCCAGCUGCACGAAGCAAUGUAUGGCACCGGGACUGACGAAGAUGCCCUCAUCCGUCUAAUAUGCCUGCGUUGUGAGACUGACAUGACUUCAAUCAAACAAAUGUACCAGGAAUAUUUUGGAAAAUCCCUUGCUGAGGCGGUGCGAGCCGACACGUCGGGUGACUUCCGAAAACUUCUGCUGAUCUUGCUGGGUGAUUGAACGACAAAGUCAAUGCCUUGUCCCACGAAACUCCUGUGGGAAUUCUCCUGAUCCAUCAGCCUUAUUAUUAUUUGAUCCGUAUCUCUUUUGCAUCAGAGCCAAACAGUUCAGUGUCUCAGUUUAAAGUAAGCUUACCCCCUGCUUUCUUUACGACGACUUUUCUUCAAACUGCUGUUAAAUACUUCAAUGGGAGUAUAACUUCGUUGUUACACGUCAC